CCCAGACUGACGGCGGGUGGUCGCGGCGAACCUCAGCCUUGCAAACCCUGGCAGGUGGCUGACAGCAGCCAGUGAAGACUCCGCCUGUUCGCUGGACGUUUGUCUUAUCAGCAGACGAGGGCGUGUGAGCGCGAUCGGUAGAUAAAUCGGCCGACAAUAUGAGCGGCUAAAGACCGCAGUCGUUAGCGGCAGAGGAAUAUCGUGGUCUCGGCGCCAUAAGCACUGGGGGAUCGUGGAUCGCGGCAGCGCAAGCGAAGCUCACAAUCUCCCGUGCUGCAGUACUGGGAAGGUGGAAAGGACUGGAGGGUGAGGGACCGCGCUCGCCGGCACCGUGGGUCGGCGAGGGGAGACGGACCGAGGUACCCCGAGUUGAUAGGGUGAGGGACCGGGUGGUCUGAGGCGGCCCGCCGACAUGUCCGGGCCGACGAUACAGCUCGCCGGUGGCAGCGGCCGGCGCAUCGGCGGCCACCAUCCAUGUCUGAUCGUCGCAGAGAUCGGCCAGAACCACCAGGGCGACGUCGACAUCGCCAAGCGGAUGAUCGACAUGGCGAAGAGAUGCGGCGCCGACUGUGUCAAGCUGCAGAAGAGCAGCCUGCCGGACAAGUUUGCCGGCUCGGCGCUCCGUCGGCCGUACGAGGGACCUCACUCGUGGGGCGCCACCUAUGGCGAGCACAAGGCACACCUGGAGCUCAGCAGGAGCGCCUACCGGGAGCUGCAGGAGUACGCCAAACAGGUCGAUAUCCUGUUCACGGCCUCGGCAAUGGACCCGGUCUCGGCCGAGUUCCUGGAGGAGCUGGACGUGCCGUUCGUCAAAGUGGGCUCCGGAGACGCCGACAACCUACCGAUGAUCUCCGAGAUCGCCGGCAGAGGCCGGCCCGUGGUCGUUUCCACCGGUAUGCAGUCGCUGGAGACGGUGCGGCGCGUGUACGAGUUAGUGCUGCGGCACACCAGCCAGCUGGCACUGCUCCAGUGCACCUCCGCCUACCCGACGCCCGACGAGCACGUACACCUGCGAGUGCUCCAGCAGUACCAGCAGGCGUUCCCGCGCACCGUCAUCGGCUACUCGGGUCACGAGCAGGGCACGGCCAUCACCGUGGCGGCCGUCGCGCUGGGCGCAAAGAUUGUGGAGCGUCACGUGACACUGGACCAUAGCUGGCGCGGCUCUGACCACGCGUGCUCGCUGGAGCCGGCGCAGCUGACCGCCCUGGUGUCCGACAUCCGGCGGCUGGAGCUGGCGCUCGGCACGCCCGCAAAGGCCGUCCAGCCCAGCGAGCACGCCUGCUGGCUCAAACUGGGCAAGACGGUGGUGGCACGCCGCGAGUUGGCGGCUGGUUGCCGGCUGACGGCCGCCGACCUCGCCGUCAAGGUGGCCGAGCCCAAGGGCUGGCGGCCCGAGCGGCUGAACCAGCUGGUCGGCCGCCGGCUGCGCACCGCGCUGCAGGCAGACGACAGCGUCACUGAUGACGUCCUUGAGCCGGAGCCGGAGCGGGAGUAGGACAGUAGAUACUAGCUAGAAGUAGCAGCAAUGGCAACAGCAGGAGCUUCAGUACACUGACGGGAAGUGCAAUGCGCCAAACCGGAGCCAUCGGUGUAGUGAGUGGCUGUUAGUGCGCUCAGGUGUUGAUUUGAUUUUUAUUUUCCUGUGACUGUGUCUAUCUCAUUCAUCGGCGACACGUGUUCGUAAGUCUGGGCUAGCUGGGGUAUAUAUCUAGUCAUCGUGCUUUAUCUACGAUCAUCCAGUGUAAAGUGUUACCCAAGAUAACCCGUCUUACUUACGAGCGAGUCACGUCAAAUAUACAUUUGAAUAAUAUUAAA